AUGAUUGUCAUUGUUAUUUUUCUAAAACCUUUAGAAACCCCAGCAUCAGCGCCGAAGAAGMUAGAGAGCAAGACCAAACUCUCCUCUAAAUAUCAAAUCCUAUCAGUUGAAUCCAUGACUCAAGAACAAAGAUUCAACCUUGAAAAGACUUUAUUGCAAGCAGAAGAGAUUGCAUGCACUCUUGCUUUUAGCGAUAAUUCUUCCCAACUUAGGUCAUAUGGUUGCCAGAAGAAGAGGCGCCUCGAUAAGAACACUCCUGAGCUCUCUGCUAUUGCCUUUGCUUUUCCUUGGUUUGUAAGUUCAUCCAAGCCGAUUGAGAAUGCUUCUACAGCAAGCCAAAUUGCCUUUGUAAAGUUCCCUCUCAAGACUUCAUCGGAUGAGCUYAUAAAAUGGACCAGAAAUGUAAUAKGUCAAGUUAUGGAAUCAGAAACAAGAAAAAUCUGCUACGAUUCUCAAGAAAUUAUAAACUGCAUGCAAAGGAUUUAUGAAUACGACAGUCAGACAGUCUGYAGUAAAUGGAUAUUCAUGGACGUCAGGAUUGCUGUAUGGCUACUUGAUCCAGAUAACCCGCCCAAAGACUAUGGCCAACUUCUUCAGAAGCUUGACUUGAGCUUAACGYCACAGGACGAAAGAGAUAAGAAUGAGUUGCUGUGCCUAGAUUUGAGCACCCUUGGGCCUGCUAUACUGACUUUAUACAAUCGAUUACAGGAGCAAGAUUUAUGGGACCUUUACUGGAAUUUAGAAAUGCCACUCAGCCCUAUCUUAGCAAGUAAGAUGAUUCGAAAUUUGCUUCAAUUUAAUUCCUUUCCUUCUAUUUUUGUCAUGUGCUUACASAAAAAGCCUCGUUUGCCAUUUAAAUUGAUGCAUUUGGCGCGCGCCAGGGGCGGAUCCAGCCAAAAAUAUAAGGGGGGCUUGACCGAAUUUUGCAGAUUUAUGGAGACGCAGGGAAUACAAGUUGACGCUCAAGCUUUAAUGGACGCAAGUAACAUCCUCAAAAAGAGAAUCACAAAGGUUGAAGCGGAAAUUCACAAGGCUGCAGGGCAUCCAUUUCUAAUCAACAGUUCCCAUCAACUAAGACAGGUUCUUUUUGAUGAGCUGAAAUUAGAUAAAAARUGCAAGAAAAUGCUAGCUAGAACAGCAUCAAACAGUUAUACUUCAACUUCUGAAGGAGUGUUGCUGGAUCUUCAAGACCUUCAUCCCUUGCCAAAACUAGUACUGGAAUAUCGACAGCUUGUAAAGCUACGAUCGACRUACUUUGAUGGAAUGUUGCCCUAUAUAAAAGAUGGAAUGAUAUAUACUAAUUGGCAAGUCUGCAUCUCACUUUCUGUUUUAACAUCUUUUGUUUUAUUGCGAAARGAAGAAGAUUUAUUAAAGAUUUUUCCGCGUGAAGCUUACAGAAGUAGUGAAGGAUGGUCCUUUCUUGCUGCAGAUUUCCAGUCGAUUGAACUGCGACUGCUUGCACACCUAUCAGACGAUCCUUCACUAUUAAGUGUGUUYAAUGAUAAGGACUCUUCGGAUGUUUUCACUACGCUGACAUCCCAAUGGCUUGGGAUCCAACCUGAAGAUGUGCAAUUCCAAGAACGAGAGCAGACAAAGAGAAUUGUUUAUUCCGUCAUUUAUGGAGUUGGUCGCGAUAGACUUGCUAAAAMUCUGGGAGUAAGCGCAGACAAAGCUAAAGAUUUUAUGACAAGUUUUCUUGAAAAAUUUCCGGGAAUAAGUGUUUUCACACGGAAAUGCAUCGAAGAAUGCAAACGAAACGGGUUUGUAAGUACRAUAUUGAAAAGAAAGCGUUGGUUUCCACACAUCAAUGCACACCAGUUUAACAUUCGUUCUCAGGCAGAAAGACAAGCAGUUAAUUUUAUYGUACAAGGAUCAGCAGCUGAUAUCUGCAAAUCCAGUAUGAUACAAGUAAUUCGUGCUAUAAAAGACGAGCCUUCGUUGCAUGCAAGACUUUUGCUUCAAAUACACGAUGAACUACUUCUCGAAGUCCCGGAUGAAGAUAUCCCAAAACUGAAAGAGCUUCUCAAAUCRACCAUGGAAAGUAGUGCAAAGCCUUGUCUAAAGGUUCMUCUUCAAGUCAGCAUAAGUACAGGAAAAAAGUGGAGCCAUAUGACUGCUUGUUAGUAGUAACUGUAAAGACGCUGAGCAUCAGAAAGAAUAUUGAGAUUAAAUAUAUGCUUUGUUGACUGAAA